AGACAAUCGUGUUAGAGACCAAAUGAUAUUGUCGUAUCCACUGAAUACGUCCUCAUCAGCGGUCGAGGAGAAACGCUUGGUUAUUACGGUUAUACUGUACAGAUUGUGAAGUACACCUAGUAAUGAGGACAGAGGUUUUGGGCCUCAUCGUGGCAAAUGUUUAAAGUUUCCUCAUACCUGGAAUAAAUGUUACGAAAUCAAAGACAUAAGUUGAUUCCGUCAUCGAGAGGCGAUGUCAUCAUUUGCGAGCAACAUGGCUUUUUUCAAUCAGUGGAGUAAUUGCGUCUUCGCGUUUUUGCUUCUACACUUGAUCAUUUUUGUUUCAAGCGAGACAUUUGCACCCUCGGAUGACUUGGACCCUCAAUGUAAUGAUACUUUUUCUAAUCGAACUUCUGAAUAUAUGAAAUACAUUGGUUGUUUCAACUCUACUUGUUUUGAGAAGGUUAUAACUUCAAAUGUCACUGAUAUAGACGAAUGUACCAGCCAAUGUAAAGAUGGUAACCAUUCCUCCUCAGCUUUAUCACUUGGAUACUUGUGUUCCUGUGGAAACUUUACCUGUCAAAGAAAGAAUCGAAUGUGCGAUAAAAAAUGUGGCAUUCCCUGUGAAAAAAGCUUCACAGGUUUCAGGACAUGCGGGGGUAUAGGAUUCUAUCAAGUAUAUAAAAGCGGCACAUUUGAGAAUGAAGCAUCAGAUCCCCCAGGUAACAAGAUUUUGAUAUUAGCUAUCGUAUGUGGCGGGAUCGUAGUUACAACGUGCUGCGUGUGCUUCGUCGUUUCAAUAAGUGAAAGGAGACGUAAGAGAAGACACGCCAGAGAGCAAGCCGAUAGCUCCAUGCCAACAGAACUUACAUCUCGACCCCAAAGACCUCAGAGUGUAAACAAUAUCUACAGCAUUGCGGGACCCAGUCGACAUCAUCUUGUUAACACCAGCAAUGGAUAUUCUGUUUCAGAGUUAACGUUGUCGUCUGAGGACACAUAUGAUCACACCGUUUCGUCUGAUCGCAUCCAGAGCAGAAGGGCCAAUCGUCAAGGAUCCCACUCGUUACCACGGGGUCUCCAGUCAAGUUCUACACAAUCAAUGCGAAAUCCGACAGGCAUGCAGAAUGUCACAGAAGAUAGAGGAAAAUGUCAAGGGAGUGGCUCAAUUACCGAGUUGUGUUGCCCAGAUAGUAAACACGGUGUGCAGUGCAGCUGCAGCAAGAGAAGGCACCAAGAAAAGUCCGGAUCCGAUCAGAGAACCCCUGGUGCUUACUCCAACAGGCGUGUAGGGUCGGUGAAAUGGUCAGAUAAACGGUCACACGGGGCUGAUGGAGGUAUCAAUGGUUCACGGGGAAGGUGGCCGAGGGAGGUUGCACGGGAACCAAGACAACUUUCGGUAGGAGAAGCGGGUAGAGGUCCAAGAAGAGAUGUCCACAUUCAGAAAAGUUCGAAGAGUAGUAAAGAAAUGUCAGCCAGCUCUAAGAAAAGGAGUAUGCUGGCCCUACCUUGUGAAAGAGAUACCGUAGGAAACAACAGUGAAGGGAGAUGUAACCAACGACCACCACCACGAUCCGACGACAAUCCUCCACCCAUUAUUCACCGAGUUGAGAAGCCAGAAGCUGUCGAAAACGAUGAUAUGCCUGGUGAAUAUUAUCAUACAUUAGAGCCUGACCAAGGAGAAAAAACAGUGGGGGAAAUGAAUGAGGGACAACAGUUCUCCAGCUCGGAAUACUUCGUCCUAGAGCCUAGUGAAUACUCCAUUGAACAAUCAGAGCCAUGUUCUGCGAUGAAAGCAAAUGGCCACCAAGGCUCCAAAGACACUCCUACCUGUUCAGGGUCUUCUGACUCACAGUAUGACUAUGCAGCAAUCCCAGGGCAGAGUAACCUUAGAUUCUUACCUUUAACGUGUAAGCAUACGCAAGCUAACCACAACAAAGUGGAAGGAGGUAAUGGGAUGAUUGAUAAUAUUCUUUAUGAUCCAUCUUAAAAAUUCGUUUUCUGUUACUUUCGAGAUAUUUGCAAAUCAUACCACAAAUUUCCACCAUAUUUACAAGCAUUUUGCGCGCAAAAACAUCGAUACUCAGACCUUAUCAAGUCAUAACCCCAAAAUUCGAGCAUAAGUAUUUGUACAUAGUCAUGAAACUGUAAUAGGCCUCCCUAUAGAAGUAAUGAUCCCGAUACUUACAUGAAAUUAUUCAUCGAAGAGAUAAUUUCAAAUAUUUAUGACAACCUAUGUACAGUACACAAUAUGUCAGUAUGUUGUGACAUUGUGAGAUUAUCAGCACAAAACUUUGCAAGUAGAUUUCAUGGAUUUCUAGAAAAGACUUGCAUUAUCAUUGCGAAUCGAAAUGUAAAUAAUCAUCAUGUUCAGUAUUCUAUAAAUCCCUCACUCAUCAUUCUGUUAGAAUUAUGUGGCUACGGUGGCAAAGAAGAGUUUGUAAACAGUAUUAACCUAAUUUUAUUAAGCAUAUUAGUCCUGGAGCCGUUUCAUAAAGCUGUUCGUAAGUUUAAGAGCGACUUUAAGAACGACUGGUAAACCUUUCUUACGCGCUCAACCAUCGUCAAUGAAUAUACAAAUUAUCACCAGAAAGAAUCACCAGUCGUUCUUAAAGUCGCUCUUAACUUACGAACAGCUUUAUGAAACACCCACCUGGGCUCUGUAACACAAAGGUUUGCGAUGAAUUGCAAAUAUGAAAGAACCGCACUGAUUUGUGCCCGGUCAGUAUUUUAAACCGAGAGCGCGCAUGCAACGAUUAUCUUGAUUGGCCAUUGGUAUUUUUGUGAUUGGUUGCAAACCUUUGAGAAAAGUGAGAAGGGAUAGUAAAAAGAGGUAGAGAGAGAAAAUGAGUGUGUGGGGCGUGGGGGGGGGGGGCCGAGUGCAUAUGCGUGUGUGAGGGAGAAUAUCGCAUGAUGCUUAAGUAUGAUGACUCUAAAUAAUUGAGAAAACAACAAAUGAAUCGAUAAAAAUUAAGCCAAAAUUAAGCCACAAAAACACACCCGAAUAUAGGAAAACUGUUCCCCAAUUUUCGCUCAUAAUAAUAAUUCGUUGCAGAGUUUUAUGAAUGUAAAUUGUAUCGAUGGUUUUAAGGUCUAUUUGCAAUUAUUACAAUACCUGAUUUGAUGUUAUAGUAAACAUGGACAUAAAUGUGUAUUAAACCACUUCAAUGUUUACAUUUCUAAUGGGUUUCAAUUCCGGUAUAAUAUAAUAAUUAAAGCCACAAGCCCGCAUUUCUCUAAGCAAUCAGUAUCAUUGAUAUCUGUUAAAAUACCAAUUUAAGUUUUCAUGAAAAUUGUGUAACUAGUGUUAGAUAUAAUGUAAUCGUUGUUUCUUCUUGCUGAAUAAAAAAAAAAGAAAAAAAAAGGAUAGGCUCCUCUUGAAAUAAAUCAAUAUUUCAAAGAGGAACCGCAUUACGAAUAGUGUGCUGUUCUACUACCGGGUCCAAGAAUGGAAUGGAGGGAAAUCUGAGCCUAAUAUACCCUUAAUCUGAAAUAUGUUUUUAUGAAGUUCAGCGGGGGUAAAAUAUAUCUACGAGGAGUGGAUAUGGUUUGCUUAGUUAUCAUUUCAUCUAUUGUGACGUCAGAAGGGUCAGGAAUAGCUCGCACUCCGGCUUGUGGUGAAAUAGGUGCUGAUAGAAUAUCUCAACGUAAGAUGUAGUCAUUUUUCUAACAAUUGCUUUAAUUAUAGCCAUCAGAAAUCUC